AUGGAUCCAUUUUAAUUGCAUUAUUAAUAAUAAAAGGAAAGUAUAGAAAAGAUUUUAUAUAAUGUUAGGGAGGCAACCGAAUUAGAAGUAAUGGCUAAUACUUUAGAUUUUAUAUCAAAAUUAUGCUAAGGCUAAGCUGAGGUAAAGCUGACUUAGAUUUAAUGCAAGCUUUGCUUAGAGGCUAUUUCAGGAAGAGAUGAAGAAUUAUUUUAAGUAAUUUGUGAAUGCAAAUAGAAAAGCUUAAAUAAAGAUAUUUUCCAUAAUAAAUGCUUUUUAAAAUAUUGCUUAGCUUAUGGCAAAACCAAUUUUAAGUGUAAAAAUGAUUAAUGUUUUUAAAAUAAAUUGAAAUAAAUAGAAACAUUUUUAAAUAUCUAAGAUUUUGUUUGCUAAAUAUGCAAUUAAACACUUUCAAAUAAUUUCGAAGAUACAGUAAAAACAGGAUGUGAGUGUCCUUUUAAAAGAGUUCAUAAAGAGUGCUUAAGUAAGCAAUACAGAAAUUUCUAAAUAAAAUAGCAUUAGGUACUUUGUUAAGAAUGCAAUAGCUAUUUUAGGGAAGAAAAUGUCAUUUAGUGUAUCUAAAAUUAUUAAUAUGGGUGUACUACUUGCUACAAUUAAGCCAGUAACCACAUUUAUUGGGAUUGUGUUCCAAUCGACUGUCAUCCUUACAUGAUGUGCAGAAUUUGUUAUGAAAACUUUAAUUUUAAUGACUUAGAUUUUUCUUAGCAACUUCUGAAUUAAAUUAGAUGUCAUCAUCAAAGAGAUUGCAAUAAAUAUCUUAGCUAUCAUUCAUUGAAUCAGUACUUUAAUAAGUUAGAAAAAGUAGAAAAUAAAUAAAAGGCACAAGAAAUUUUAAGCAAAGGUAUCAAUUUAGAAAAUUAUUUUGAUGUAGCAAAGUGUCCUGGAUACAUAUUAAAGCCAUCAAAUAAAUCAUCUGCAUAUUAUAAAUAUUUGCAAUAAUCAAGCAAUACCCAUUAUAUUCUUUAUGGAUGUUUGUUUGACAAUAGAGAAUUAGAAGAGGCAAGUUAUGAUCUAGAUGAUGAUAAAGUAGAAAUUGUUAAAUGCUAAAACACUUUUGAAGCAGAUGUAAGAUAUCAAAUGCAGAGAUGUUCUAACUGCAAUUAUAAAUUUUGCUACAAAUGCUAACUUCCUCAUUUUGGUAUUCCCUGCUCCGUUUUUAAAAAUAUCAAAAAUAAUGCAGGUCUGACAGAAGAGAGUUUUUUAGAAUCCAGCAGUUUUGGAUAAAACACUGAUGAUCACAGGCCUUUGCUAUUGUUGUUAGAUUUAGAUAUGAAAUUAUUUUAGUUAUGUAAUUAGGUAAGAUUCAAUAAUGAAAAUACAUAGAAUUUACAAUUACAAAAUAACUAAUUAAAUUAUUAUUUCAAUUACCCUAACAGGAAAGAUGUUAAUGUAAUUCAAAUUAAUAUUUAAUACCUUUAUGGACAAUAAUAACAAAAUUAUGAUUCUUGGCUCUGCAUGUAUCUUCCUAUAUUGAGUAUUGAACAUUUAAAAUAGUGUAUUAGACAUGGAAUAGAAAGAAAUGCAACUAAUGAAAUUUCUUAAAUGACUGAUAAAUACAAAGAACAAAUCAUUCAAAAUGGAACCAUAUUGUACUCUGAAUAUGAAUAUGCCUUAGAUAUCUCAAAUAGUCUUCCUUUAUCAGAAAAUCAAACAGUAAAAAUAGUUCUACUUUGCAAGGCUCAUCCUGAGUCCAUAAAAAAACCAUUGUCAUACUAAAGUCUUUAUGUGUCAAACUAGACACUACUAAAUGACCAAAGUUAAAUUAACAAAGAUUAAAAUGCAAUUAUAGCUUUCUAAAUUUUAGUAUUCAAACUUUGA